CCGUGCACGGGAUCCCUAUCUGAGUUGAUCGUACUGGCCGCUCCGGGGCGCCUGCAGCAGUGACAUGGUGCAGGGCAGGAUCUCCCGGCUCUCGGUCCACGAUGUGCGCUUUCCUACGUCGCUCGGGGCCCACGGCUCAGAUGCUAUGCACACAGACCCUGACUACUCGGCUGCUUAUGUCGUCUUAGAGACUGAUGCAGAGGAUGGACUCAAGGGGCACGGAAUUACUUUCACUCUGGGAAAAGGCACUGAAGUUGUUGUCUGUGCUGUGAAUGCCCUGGCCCACCACGUGCUUAACAAGGACCUCAGAGACAUUGUUGAUGAUUUCAGAGGUUUCUACAGGCAGCUCACGAGUGAUGGGCAGCUCAGAUGGAUAACCGGAGAUCUGAAAAGACAGCAGAUCGGCCCAGAGAAAGGGGUUGUGCAUCUGGCUACGGCAGCUGUUCUCAAUGCUGUGUGGGACCUGUGGGCCAAGCAGGAGAGAAAGCCUCUCUGGAAGUUACUUGUUGACAUGGAUCCCAGGAUGCUGCUAUCCUGCAUCGAUUUCAGGUACAUCACUGACAUCCUGACUGAAGAGGAAGCCUACGAAAUACUGCAGAAAGGUCAAGUUGGUAAAAAAGAGAGAGAAGAGCAAAUGCUAAUGCAUGGCUACCCUGCCUACACCACGUCGUGCGCCUGGCUGGGGUACUCAGAUGACACGCUGAAGCAGCUCUGCAUGGAGGCCCUGAAGAGCGGCUGGACCAGGUUUAAGGUAAAAGUUGGUGCUGAUCUCCAGGAUGACAUCCGUAGGUGCCGACUCAUCAGAGACAUAAUUGGACCUGAGAAGACUUUGAUGAUGGAUGCCAAUCAGCGCUGGGAUGUGCCCGAGGCAGUGGAGUGGAUGUCAAAGCUGGCUGAGUUCAAGCCACUGUGGAUUGAGGAGCCAACCUCCCCUGAUGACAUUCUGGGACACGCCACCAUCUCCGAGGCAUUGGCCCCAUUAGGAAUUGGCGUUGCCACAGGAGAACAGUGCCACAAUAGAGUGAUAUUUAAGCAGCUCCUACAGGCGAAAGCCCUGCAGUUUCUCCAGAUUGACAGCUGCAGGCUGGGAAGUGUCAACGAGAACCUCUCAGUAUUGCUGAUGGCCAAAAAGUUUGGAAUUCCUGUUUGCCCCCAUGCCGGUGGAGUCGGCCUCUGUGAAUUGGUGCAGCACCUGAUUAUAUUUGACUUCAUAUCAGUCUCCGCAAGCCUCACGAACAGGAUGUGCGAAUAUGUUGACCACCUGCACGAACAUUUCAAGUAUCCUGUGAUAAUCAAGAAUGCUUCUUACAUGCCUCCCAAGGAAGCUGGUUAUUCCACAGAAAUGAAGGAGGAAUCCGUAAAGAAACACCAAUAUCCAGAUGGUGAAGUCUGGAAGAAACUCCUUGCUGCUCAAGGAAACUAAGUGUUCAACCCUCACACCCAUUUGUUUCUUUAAGUGAAAAGGCUUAAAAUUUCUUCAUGCCCAUUUGUUUUUUUAAGUGAAAAGGCUUAAAAUUUCUUGGGUAUGGUUUUACAAAAAUUGGGAAAGAAAAUCAUCAUACCAAUGAAAACAAAUUCAGCUGAAAGUCACAUUAACCUCAGGAAUCUGCUCAGCAAUUAUUACUACUUCUUUUAGCAAAUAAACACAAACUCUUUUACUUAAUACUUAAGCAAAUUUAGAUUUAACUAACUUGAAAUCCAGGAAAAUGUUCUUAUAAGAUUUCUAUCAAAUGCUGGUACCCAGACAUUAAUUAAACUGUACUUUGAAAAUAA